AUGCCUCCUCCACCCCACACACGCCCUGAGAAUGUUCUCAAGAGGGCCCAAGAACUGAUCGGGGUUGGCCAGCAACAGGCCGCCCUAUCUAUUCUACACGAACAUGUCACGUCAAAGAGGACGCGUAACAGCACGAUCGCUGCUCUGGAGCCGGUCAUGCUGUUGUUUGUGGAGCUUUGCGUAGAUCUGAAGAAAGGGAAGUCCGCCAAGGAUGGGCUUUACAACUACAAGAACACGAGCCAGAACACGAACGUGGCCACCAUUGAGCUGGUCUUCCGCAAAUUCAUUGACCUGGCGGAGCAGAAAGUCAAGGAGGCACAAGCGAAGGCGGAUGAGAUGACGGGUCAGAAUGAGUCCUCAGAAGAAGGGGCUACCACAUCGAUUGGCGAUGUUGGUGAUCUCGAGGCCAUGGAGACUCCGGAGUCCAUCCUGCUUUCCACUGUAUCUGGCGAGCAGUCUAAGGACCGAACCGACCGCGCGAUCGUGACACCAUGGUUGAAGUUCUUGUGGGAGGCCUACCGGACUGUCCUCGACAUCUUCAAGAACAACGCGCGCCUCGAGGUCAUGUACCAGACCACCGCCCAUCAGGCCUUUGACUUCUGCAAGCGCUACACCCGCAAGACUGAAUUCCGCCGCUUGUGUGAAUUGCUGCGCAACCACCUGCAGAACGCUGCCAAGUACUCCCAGCAGGUCCACGCGAUCAACCUCAGCGAUCCGGAGACUCUCCAGCGCCAUCUGGAUACUCGCUUCGAGCAGCUCAACGUCGCUGUUGACCUUGAGUUGUGGCAGGAGGCUUUCAAGAGUGUCGAGGACAUUCACACCCUUCUCAGUUUGUCGAAGAGGCAGCCCAAGAAUUCGAUGAUGGCCACCUACUUCGAGCGCCUGACUAGGAUCUUCUUGGUCAGCGAGAACUACCUCUUCCACGCCGCUGCCUGGAGCCGAUACUACAGUCUCCUCAACAUGUCAGCUCGUGCUGUCGGAGCUGGUGCGUCGAAAAAGGAUAACCCAACCAACAUCACCGAUGCCGACCUUUCCAGGUCUGCCACAUAUGUGUUGUUGUCGGCCUUGGCCAUUCCGGUCAUCAGCACUACCCGUUCCCGAGGCGCUCUCAUCGAUGCCGACGCUGCUCGUAACAACAAGAAUGCUCGUCUGACCAAUCUUCUGGGCAUGAACUCCGCCCCGACUCGUGCGAUCUUGUUCAAGGACAUGCUCAACAAGGAUAUCUUGGCUCGCGCAAGGCCAGAGAUCCGUCAGCUCUACAGCAUUCUCGAGACCGACUUCCACCCCAAGGUUAUCUGUGCCAAGGUCUCGCCUGUCCUUUCGCAGAUCGGCGCCGACGAGGAAUUGCAGAAGUACGUUCUGCCUCUGCAGCAGGUCAUCUUGACACGUCUGUUUCAGCAGCUGUCUCAAGUAUAUACCGACGUUAAGCUGGAUGACGUCCUGGCCCUUGCCGAGUUCCCUGACCCAUUCAAGGUCACCCCAGCCACUAUCGAGAAAUUCAUCAUGAACGGCUGCAAGAAGGGCGACUUGUCGAUUCGCAUUGACCACUCUACCGGAAUUCUCACCUUCGACCAGGAUGUCUUCUCUUCUUCCAAGGCCCUUCACACAGGUGCUGCUGCUGGCUCGGCAGAGGCCGACGCUGGCUCUGUGCAGCGUUUGCAGAGCACUCCCUCCGAGAUUGUCCGCACACAACUGUCCCGCCUUUCUAAAGCAUUGUACACGGCUGUGCAAUAUGUCGACCCAUCUUUCAACGAGGAUCGAUACAAGUCCAAGCUUGCUGCGUUGAGGCGUGCUGAGGCUGGCGCUGAGCAGGAGCACCAAGAUCUAUUGGCGAGACGUGACAUCAUUCAGCAGAAGAAGGAAUCCGCUGCCAGUGCACAAGCUGCCCGCCAGCGCGAGGAGGAGCAACGCCGCAAGACUAAGCAACAAGAGCUUCAGGCGGCCGAGACAGAGCGUCUUACACAGGAGGCCAAGGAUCGUGACGAGCGUAGGCUCCAGGCCGAGCGCAAGAAGGUGCAGCGUGAGGAGGCAGAGAAGCAGCUCAAGGAGUUGCAGAAGGGUGUCAAGGGUGUAGAUGUCUCUGGUCUAGAUCUUGACGACCUUGACAGUGGACGCAUUCGUCUGCUUAAGCUUCAGGCUUUGGAACGUGAGAAGAAUGAGAUGGGUGAAAAGCUGAGGAUUACUGGCAAGCGUAUCGAUCAUCUUGAGCGUGCUUACCGUAAGGAGGAGCUCAAGCAUCUCGAGCAGGACUAUCAGCAACAGCGAGACCACGACCUCGAGGCGUACACGAAGACCAAGGAAGAGACAUCUCGCAAUGCUGAACAAAAGCAUAAGGAGGACGUCUCACUCAAGCACCGUCUCAGCAAGCUCCUGCCAGCAUACGAGACUUUCAAGAAGGACAUCACCAAGCAACGCCACGCCGACUUCGAGAAGCGUGACCGCGAGGCACAGAAGGAACUCAACAGGAAGAUGGACCAACGCCGACAAGAAGUUCGCGAGCAGAGAGCUGCCGAGCGUCGUCGCGUGCAAGAAGACGAGCGCCAGCGCAAAGAAGAAGAGGAGAGACAAGCACGUGAGGCUGAGGAGGCUGAGCGUGAGGCAGAAGAGAAGAAGCGCAAGGACGCUGAAGCAAAGGCGGAGGCUGAGGCGCGCAGGCAAGAGCGCCAAGAGGCUGCUCGCAAGCAAAUGGAGCCUGAGCAAGAGGCUGAGCAGAGACGUCUGGAGAGGAAGCAAGGUGGCGCUGGUGCUGCACCACCCAGCCGCACAUUCGACAGACCAUCUCUCGCAAGCCGCGCACCACCACCCGAUGACCCAGCUGCCGAGUCCCGUGGUCCUCCUAAGAUCGCUCUUGCAGGCAGCAAGCCCAGCUGGCGUGAGCGUGAAGCCAUGAAGGCACGUGGCGAGCUUCCACAGCAAGAAGCAGCUCCCACGAGCAGUAGCAGCCCUGCCCCGCCAGCCGCGCCGCCCGCUGAUGAGCGUGUGGCCACCGAGGAGACCGCCUUGCCCAAGAAGAGUGGCUACGUCCCUCCUCAUAUGCGUGGUGCCGGUGCUGGUGCCCGAACACCUAGUGCCGAUUCCUUGCCUCCACCUCCUCAGCCGCGUGAGCCUAGGGAGAAUAGGGAGAGGGAUAGUUCGGCUAAGCCUGAGGCGCCGAGGGAGAGGUGGGCGCCGAGAUCGAGGACGCAGCAGGAAGAGGGUGGUGAGAGGUCGGAGAGCCCGGCGGCGCCUCCGGCGGGUGGGAGGUAUCAGCCUCCUUCGCGCACUGGUGGUACUCCAGGCGCUGGUGGAAGCACGGGUGGUGCUUACAGGCCUCCUGGGCGCAGAUAG